AUGAAAGAAUAUUAUUGGUAUCCUUCAGAAUUUUUUUCAAAAGAUCUAUCAUUAGUUUCUAAGAAGUAUGCUAUUAUUAUUUUGAAUCAACCAUUGUCUUUGGAAUAUAACAAAUUUUUACCAUUGUGGAAAAAAGCUGCUAUAAGAAUAUGUGCAGAUGGCGGCGCAAAUCAGCUUUAUAUGUUAUAUAAGGACAAUCCUGAUAUUCUUCCUGACUAUAUCAUUGGAGAUAUGGACUCUUUAGCUGAAUCUACUUUAGAAGCAUAUAAUUCAAGAGGUGUAAAAAUUAUAAAAAUAAAUGAUCAAAGUUCUACUGAUUUCGGAAAAUCUAUGGAUUUUAUUAGAUCAAUUGACAUAUUAGUUACAGAUGUAAUUGCUCUUAAUACAUUUUCUGGUAGAGUGGACCAAACUUUAGAAUCAAUAAAUCAAAUAUAUUUAGCAUCAUCUUUAAGUCCUCCAAUUAACCUUUAUUUACUUUCUGUGUGUAAUAUUACAUUUCUUCUCUUUAAAGGGUUAAAUAAAGUAUAUUUAAACCAAUUAAUUUUAGGACCUCAUUGUGGACUUAUUCCAAUUGGAAGGAGAUGUACUGUGACAACAGAAGGAAUGAAGUGGGAUUUAAAAGAUAACGUUAUGGAAUAUGGUGGAACUAUAAGUACAAGUAACAUGGUUUUGAAAGAUAUAAUUAUGGUAGAAACAAAUGAAAAGAUUUUGUUUACAGUAGAAAUACGUUCAUCUAAUUAA